AUGCCCAAAGCCUGGUGCCCGGAGCUGGAGCUAACGGCCAAGAUUACCGGAAAUCCCCACCAUGGAACGGGACAAGAAAGUGCUGAUGACAUCCGGACUCUGGCUGAGAAAGUAUUUGCUACAGAAGUUCUUGAUGUGGGUAGCAAGGAAGAACUAUCUCCCUUUGAUGUAGAAGAAAACUGUCCCAUUGCACAACAUGAGUUGGCAGAUCACAUUGCUAAGCAGGACACCAAAGAGGCUCAGGAUAAAAGGAAGAGGCGCAUACUGCUGUUAAAGUCAUUUGUUUCCAAACUUUCUAAUGGUGGAACAAGGCCUUGUGGUGUGACAUCUGUAGAAGAAUCAUCCCCUCUGUAUAAAAUCGUGCCGGAUUUCCAAAGAGUACAAAUCACAGGAGACUUUGCAUCUGGGGAUUCAUGGUAUCUGCUACAGCUGUUUGUGUAUUCAACUGACCUUCUAACCGUGUCUGUGGAUGACUUUGAGAUAGCUGGAAAGGGACUGUUUCGGGCACUGACCAUACGAGAAAAGUAUAUGAGGGCCUCCUACCAGCGAUUCCCAAGGACAGUGUCUCAGUAUCUUCGUGACAUUGAAGGUGCAAUCUGGAGAGAGCAAGAGGAGAUACACCCAGUCUUUACUUCUCCAAUUAAAAGAGAUGAAGAUCCUUUCAGGACAGAUAAUCUACCUGCUGAUCUUGGAUAUAAGCUAAAGGUCAAAGAUGGUGUGGUUUUUGUGUACCCUGAUGAUGAUGCUCUGGCAAAAGGAAAACCAAAGGAUCUCAAUUACCCAGAUGUCCAUGAAUUUGUAGAUGAUAUGAACUUCUUAAUAACACUCAUUGCUCAAGGACCUGUCAAGACUUACACUCAUCGGCGCCUGAAAUUUCUGUCAUCUAAAUAUAAGGUCCAUGAGAUGCUAAAUGAGAUGGAAGAACUGAAAGAGCUGAAAAACAACCCACAUAGAGAUUUCUACAACUGCAGAAAGGUUGACACUCAUAUCCAUGCCGCAGCCUGCAUGAACCAAAAGCACCUUCUCCGUUUCAUCAAGAAAUCUUACAGAGUGGAUGCAGAUCGUGUAGUGUAUAACGCCAAGGGUAAACAGCUGACCUUAAGACAAGUGUUCGAAAACCUGAAACUCCACCCUUAUGACCUGACAGUAGAUUCUCUAGAUGUCCAUGCUGGAAGGCAAACUUUUCAGCGCUUUGACAAGUUUAAUGCUAAGUACAACCCAGUUGGUGCCAGUGAAUUGCGAGACCUGUACCUAAAAUCUGAAAAUGCUAUUGAUGGUGAAUAUUUUGCCACUAUCAUUAAGGAAGUGGGAUCAGACUUAGAAGAUGCCAAGUAUCAGUAUGCUGAGCCUCGCUUGUCAAUCUAUGGACGAUCCCCUGAUGAAUGGAAUAAAUUGGCCUAUUGGUUCAAUAAGCACAGGGUUUACAGUCCCAACAUGAAAUUCAUGAUCCAAGUUCCUAGAAUUUAUGACAUUUUCAGAGCUCAGAAGUCUGUACCUAAUUUUGGAAAAAUGCUGGAAAAUAUCUUCAAGCCAGUGUUUGAAGCUACAGUCAACCCAAAUGGCAAUAAAGAGCUCAGCGUGUUCCUGAGACAUAUAACUGCCUUUGACAGUGUGGAUGAUGAGUCGAAACACAGCGGCCAUAUGUUUUCAGCAAAGAGUCCAUUUCCCCAGGACUGGACCAGUGAGAAGAACCCAUCAUAUACAUAUUAUAUCUACUACAUGUAUGCCAACAUCAGAGUGCUGAACAACCUAAGGAGGGAGAGGGGAAUGAACACUUUCCUCUUCCGCCCUCACUGUGGGGAGGCUGGCGCUAUCACUCAUCUACUAGCAGCAUUCAUGACUGCAGACAAUAUUUCACAUGGAUUGAACUUGAAAAAGAGUCCCGUGCUUCAAUACCUGUACAUUUUGGGAAAAAUUCCCAUUGCCAUGUCACCUCUGAGUAACAACAGUCUGUUUUUGGAAUAUGCCAAGAAUCCUUUGCUUGACUUUCAUGAAAAAGGUUUGGUAAUAUCCUUGUCUACAGAUGAUCCAAUGCAGUUCCAUUACACCAAGGAGCCUCUGAUGGAAGAAUUUGCCAUUGCCGCACAGGUUUUCAAGCUCAGCACCUGUGACAUGUGUGAAAUUGCAAGGAGCAGUGUUCUGCAAUGUGGAUUAUCUCACGAGGAGAAGGCACAUUUUCUUGGACAUGACUAUAGAAUGGAAGGGCCACAAGGAAAUGACAUCCGCAAAACUAAUGUGGCCCAGAUAAGGAUGGCUUACAGAUAUGAGACCUGGUGUUAUGAGCUCACACUGAUCCUUCAGGCUCUUAAAACUGCUGAGUAAGGGGCAUUACAGGUUGUCCUCAUACA